AUGAAUGAUGAUAAUAGCUUCAAUGAUAUUGAAAUCAAGAAAAAUACAAGUGCAUUGAAAGAUAUUAUAAAUGGUUCAAUUGCUGGCUGCUUUGGAAAAAUUAUAGAAUAUCCCUUUGAUACAAUUAAAGUUAGAUUACAAACACAAGGAUCCCAUUUAUUUCCAACUACAUGGUCAUGUAUCAAAUAUACUUUUAAGAAUGAAGGUAUUAAAAAGGGAUUCUUUCAAGGUAUAUCAUCUCCAUUAGUAGGUGCUGCAAUGGAAAAUGCUGUACUAUUCCUUUCGUACAAUCAAUGUGCAAAAAUGUUGGACAAUCAAACGUAUAUUCCUGAAGUGACCCCAUUGACAAAGAUUAUAAUAUCAGGUGCAUUUGCUGGGUCUUGUGCUAGCUUUGUAUUGACCCCAGUUGAACUAGUUAAAUGUAAAUUACAAAUUGCCAAUAUUCAAAACAAUUCAUCUUCACUAUUAAAACCUACAAGAAUAUUACCAACAAUUAAAAAUACUCUAACUCAAAAUGGUGUCUUUGGACUAUGGCAAGGUCAAUCGGGUACAUUUAUUCGUGAAAGUAUUGGUGGUGUUGCAUGGUUUGCAACAUAUGAAUUAAUGAAAGAUUUUUUAAAAUAUCAACGUCAUGAUAAAGAAAACAAAACUUGGGAAUUGCUACUGAGUGGUGCAAGUGCGGGUUUAGCUUUUAACGCAACAAUAUUUCCAGUAGAUACAGUCAAAUCAGUAAUGCAAACUGAACAUUUAGGCUUAAAAUCAUCUAUAUCACUUGUGCUUAAAAGACAAGGUUUCGCGGGUUUCUAUAGAGGUUUAGCAAUUACUUUAAUCAGGGCAGCCCCAGCAAACGCAACUGUGUUUUACACUUACGAAACAUUAUCAUCUAUGUAA